UCGGGGGCUACAUUUGUAGUUUGAACAAACUGCCUUCUCUCAGAGUUGCAGCCAAAAAAAUAAAAUAAAAAUAAAAAUCCUUGCCUUCUCUCAGUCCUCCCCCUAAAACCCAAUACAAAACCCUCCUCAAGUCAAACCUUCGUAUUUUUCUUUCUUCUCCUCAACAAGUCCAUACUUUUCAGUUUUCACCACCACCAUAACCAUGAGCCUAAUCGCAGGCUCAUACGAGCGAUUCAUCUGGGGAUUCAAGCUCAAGCCCCUCAAAACCGAUCCCACCACCCAAACCCUAACCCUAACCCCUCUCUUCUCCUACCCUUCCCACCUCUCCUCCGUCACAUCCGCCGCCGCCGCCGGCCCCGCCGCGGCCUCCGGAGGCUCCGACGACACCGUCCAUCUCUACGACCUCUCCGCCGCCUCCUCCCUUGGUUCCCUCCACGACCACGCCGCCUCCGUCACCUCCCUCUCCUUCUUCACCCCUCCCGGCCUCUCCUUCCCCCGCAACCUCGUCUCCGCCGACGCCGACGGCUCCGUCUGCAUCUACGAUGCUGAUCCCUUCGUCCUCCUCAAGACCGUUAGAGUUCACAAGAAGGGAAUCAACGAUCUCGCCAUUCAUCCCUCCGGGAAGCUGGCGCUGACCGUCGGCCGCGACGAGUGCCUCGGCAUGCUCAACCUGAUUAGGGGCCGGAGAAGCUUUUAUUGCCGGAUAGGGAGGGAGGCGAGCUUGGUGAGGUUCGAUUCCGGCGGGGACAAGUUCUUCAUGGUCGUUGAUAGGAAGAUUUCCGUUCAUGAGGCUGAGGAUGCGAAGAUCGUUGCCGAAUUGGAGAGCCCGAUGCGAGUCCUCUGUGCUGCAUCCGGCGAGAAUGGUCUUUUAUUCACUGGGGGUGAGGACUGUAGUAUUACAGCGUGGGAUACAAACAGUGGGAAAGUUGCAUACAAUAUUAAGGAAGCGCAUUCUAGCCGUGUGAAGGGGAUCAUUGUGCUCUCAAGGAAUGCCGGUGCUGCUGCUGAUGAUGAUCCAUACUUAGUAUCCUCUGCUUCAUCAGAUGGGGUUAUACGAGUCUGGGAUGUUCGUAUGGCUAUGAAGGAGAAACCCAAUCCAUUGGCUGAGGCCAAUACAAAAUCCAGGAUAACUUGUCUUGCCGGAUCCUCUCUUAAAUCAUCCAGACAGCUACGGAUUGGAAACAACAAUUCAAAAGGAGGAAAUGAUGCAUCAACAGAAGAUGCAACAUCGUGAAAAUGGCUAACCAGAGAAUUAGUAUGAAACUUCGUGUAAGGUCUUUAUAUGAAAGUGUCUUGGAUUCCCAAAGAGAUUUGUCAAUUGUCGCUCAAAUGUUGGUACAAAUGGUCCAACAUAUCAAUUUUGUGUGUAGAAUUGUAUACUUUACUUUUUGAAUUAUUAUUUUGUGCUACCUCUCCUUUUUAUU